AUGAAGUCGCUUCACCAAUUGGCUCGCCGACAGGCAAUGACCGGGCUCGCAAUGCCCCGUGUCUUGUCCUCACAGAACAUUACCGCCAGCCGGACAUGGCAGAGAGCCUUCAGCGCCUCCACAGCGGCCGCCUCUCAGCUCCCAGGUCUUGACGCUUCAAAAUUGACUAUCACCAAGACCACCACCCCCAAGGAGCUAAUGGACUCCAAGGAUCUUGUCUUUGGCAAGUACUUCACAGAUCAUAUGCUCUCCGUGGAGUGGACAGCUACCGACGGAUGGCACGCACCUCGCAUUGUCCCCUAUCAGAACUUGAGCUUGGAUCCUGCAACAUGUGUGUUCCACUAUGCAUUUGAAUGUUUUGAGGGCAUGAAGGCGUACAAAGACAGUACCGGCGGCGUUCGCCUGUUCCGCCCCAACAAGAACAUGGAACGCCUGAACAAGUCCUCUGCGCGCAUUGCUCUUCCUACUGUGGAUGGUGAUGAGUUGACAAAGAUCAUUGGAGAAUUUGUGAAACUGGACAGCCGAUUCAUUCCAGAUGCUCGUGGCUACUCAUUGUACCUUCGCCCUACAAUGAUUGGUACCCAGAAGACCCUGGGAGUUGGCCCACCAGGAUCCGCUCUCCUGUAUGUCAUUGCCAGCCCCGUGGGUCCUUACUAUCCCACUGGCUUCAAAGCCAUCAAUCUGGAGGCCACUGAUUACGCCGUCCGCGCCUGGCCCGGUGGUGUUGGUGACAAGAAGCUUGGAGCUAACUACGCCCCUUGUAUUCUGCCUCAACUUGAGGCCGCAUCUCGUGGUUUCCAGCAGAACCUGUGGCUCUUCGGCGAGGAGGAAUAUGUUACCGAGGUCGGUACCAUGAAUCUCUUCAUUGCCUUGAAGAACAAGGAGACUGGACAGAAGGAGCUGAUUACUGCUCCUCUUGACGGUACGAUCUUGGAGGGUGUCACCCGUGAUUCUGUUCUGACCCUCGCUCGCGAGAGACUUGGUCCCAAGGGCUGGAACAUCUUGGAGCGUAAGAUUCGCAUGUCGGAGGUUGCCGAGGCGUCCGAGGAGGGUCGCUUGAUUGAGGUUUUCGGUGCCGGCACUGCCGCCAUCGUCAGCCCAGUCCGUAACAUUAGCUACAGAGGGAAGAUGGUUGCAUGUGGUCUGAAGAAGGAUGAGGAGGCUGGUGAGAUUGCUCUCCAGAUGAAGAACUGGAUGGAGGGUAUUCAAUACGGUGACGAGAAGAACCCAUGGAGUGUCUUGAUCUAA